AUGGCUUUACCACUUCCUUUGUCUCCGUGCGCAAAACGAGACGGUAUAAAUAAUUGUGAUCACUUCGAAUAUGCGAGUAGUAUGGCCACUACACUUCUCGCUCCCGUAAAAACUGAACAAGAUAUUCUAAAGCAUUCAAUGUAUGAAGAUGAUCCAAAUGAAAAUACUCAGUUACCUAGUGAAGUGGGCUCAGAACCACGAUGGGGACCUAGACAUCGCGGAGCUCAAGAACUCGCUGAACUGUACAGCCCAGGGAAAAGAUUACAAGAGUGGGUAUGUGUAUUACUGUGUUGCACAUUGUGUUUGAUGGCAGGUCUAUUAAUGAUGAAAUACAUUAGACCUGAUGCUUCUUUAUUGCUAGCAGCUCUUGCUGGGGUUUUAACAGCAGAUUUUGCAUCAGGAUUAGUUCAUUGGGCUGCUGAUACAUGGGGUGCUGUAGAUCUACCUUUAAUAGGCAAGAAUUUUUUGCGCCCUUUUCGAGAACACCAUAUUGACCCUACCUCAAUAACACGUCACGAUUUUAUUGAGACAAAUGGAGAUAACUUUGCCAUAACAAUACCAGUAUUGGCGAAAAUUGUGUGGCAAUUAUUAACAUAUAACGUGGAAGCUAUCCAUGAACAAUUUCAUUGGAUAUCAUACUGGUAUUUGUGCUGUAUUUUUGUGGCUAUGACAAAUCAGAUUCACAAAUGGUCGCACACUUAUUUUGGACUACCGGCGUGGGUAAUCUGGCUACAGGAGUGGCAUAUAGUGUUACCACGGCGUCAUCACCGCAUACAUCACGUUGCGCCGCACGAGACUUACUUUUGUAUAACCACUGGUUGGUUAAACUGGCCCCUCGAAAAAUUGCACUUCUGGUCUACCUUAGAGGCGAUUAUUGAAGUUUUAACUGGCUGCAAACCUAGAGCGGAUGAUAUGAAAUGGGCCCAAAAACGUUCCUAG